AUGAGGCUGGUACUCGCAAAUACUUCUAUGGAUGUCCUUUCGUGUUAUCUACCACAUCACCCCAUCAUAAACCUAGCAAAACAGACCACGAAACUUAAAGUAGUGUUUAAUGCCUCAAAUAAAACUUCGAAUGGGCAGAGUCUUAACGACAUAUUGCACGUAGGUCCAACGUUACAACAAGAUUUAGUUCUUUUGAUCCUCCGUUGGCGUAUCUUCAAAUUCGUGUUUAACUCGGACAUUACUCAAAUGUAUAGGCAAGUUCGUGUAGAUUCAAAGCAUUCGCCCCUUCAGAAAAUUUUGUAUCGGAAUUCAACAACAAAACAGGUCCUAGACUACGAACUACAGACAGUGACGUUCGGUGUAAACUGUGCACCAUAUUUAGCGAUUAGAACGCUUCUUCAACUGGCCGAUGAUACUGGGUCAGAGUUUCCCCUCGAGGCGCAUAUAUUGCGAAAAUGUAUGUACGUUGAUGACGUUUUGGCAGGAGCUCACGACAUCGAGACUGCAUUGGCAGCUAGGGACCAGUUGAUUAGGGCCCUAUCGUCGACAAAGUUCGAGCUGCGAAAAUGGACAGCGAAUAAUAGAGCUAUUUUGGAUCGUUUCCCACCUGAGCAUUUGGUAGAUGCUCAGCUUUUAUCGUUUGUAGAAGCUAGUAGUUCUAAACCCCUGGGUAUUAGGUGGAAUGCGCGUUUAGAUUGA